AUCCAACGUAGGGAAGAUUGACAGGGACCAAACCUACCAAAUAAUUAUGAUGAAUUUAAAGGGUGAUGGGGCGCCGGAAACAGGAAAUCCACUUGAGAUGUGCGGCAGUUUAACCAGAGUCAGGUUUGUCAUGAGAACGGCCAGACGGGAACUACGAUCGGAUGCUGUUUAAAAUUAAUGCAUCGUUUCUAUUAAUUCCGAGGAAAAACGACACGUGCGCUUGUGACCAGAAUAUUUUAGUCUUUGUGGCUUGUUGCCCGAAUCAGUCACUUUUAUUUAUACAACAAGGGACAGGGUACUAAAUAACCAAAAACAGCGGUUCACACGCUCGUGUGUUUCGUCCUUUUUCAUUGGUUCAAAACACUUCCCUCUAGUUUAAGAGGAAGUAAGGUAGCUACAUUAGCUAUAUAUUUUUUUGUUUGCCUGUUUCCAUUUUAUCAUUUGCGGAAACGAAGUUUGCUAAAAAAAAAAAUAAGGACCAUUGGAGGGAAAGUGGUAAACGUAUAAUAACCGAAAAUGACGGGGAAAUCAGUGAAAGACAUCGACAGAUACCAGACUGUGCUCACCUCUCUCCUUUCGCAGGAGGAAAAUAAAUUCUGCGCUGAUUGUCAAGCCAAAGGUCCUCGAUGGGCUUCCUGGAAUCUGGGAAUAUUCAUCUGCAUCCGCUGUGCUGGAAUCCACCGCAACCUGGGCGUGCACAUCUCCCGGGUCAAGUCCGUCAACCUGGACCAGUGGACCCAUGAGCAGAUCCAGUGUGUCCAGGAGAUGGGGAACGCCAAGGCCCGCCGUCUGUAUGAAGCCUUCCUCCCAGAGUGCUUCCAGCGUCCGGAAACUGACCAAGCUGCAGAGGCCUUUAUCAGGGACAAGUACGAGAAGAAGAAGUACAUGGACAAGUGCAUCAACAUCCAGACCUUCAGGAAAGAGAAGAGCAGUGAUUCUAUAGCCAAGGAGACACCGGUUGUAUUUGAGAAAAUGAAACCGAAGAGGGAUGAGUCGCAGCAGAUCAAGAUCAGCCCAAAGAAACCAAGUCAGCCGGUUACUGACCUGCUAGGGCUAGAUACCCCUGCUCCAGCUGCCGCUGUUCCCAACGGGCGACCCAGCCCAGCGACGUCCCACUCAAUGGACCUGUUCGGCUCCAUGGCCACGCCCUCGCCCGACUCCGCCAAGAGCACGCCUGCUUCGGGGUCCAUGCCCACGGGCCGGACGGCCGCCUCCGUGCCGGAGAACCUCAGCCUGUUCCUGGACCCGGCGCCCAAGACGGAGGAGAGCGGGAAGCUGUCGAAGGACUCCAUCCUGUCGCUGUACAGCACGGUCACGCCACACACCCACAACAUGGCGGCGCAUGGUGGUAUGUACAUGACCCCGGCUCAGAUGGGCUACGCCGCGCCAGGCUAUGGCAGUUACCCGGCACAGGGGGGCAUGAUGGGAGCCGUGCUGGGACACCAGGGCAUGGCGCCACAGCCGGGAAUGCCCGCCGCCUCGCCCUACAUGGCUGCAGCACAGGGGGGCAUGAUGGGAGUGCAGAACGGCAUGAUGGGAGGGAUGGCGGCCGUGCCCCAGCAAAUGUACGGAGUGCAGCAGGCCCAGCAGCUGCAGUGGAACAUUGCCCAGAUGACCCAGCACAUGGCAGGCAUGAACUUCUAUGGUACAAACAGCAUGGUGGGAUACAGUCAGCCCAUGGGCGGAGCUGCAGCGCCAGGCUCCAGUCACAUGCUGGGAUCACAUGUGUGGAAAUGAUCCUGUACCUGUGGAUUUGGGGGGGAGGAUAGAGGGGCAGGGGCAAGGUAUGGGGGGGGGGGGCAACUGCCAUUGAAAACAUCAGCCAUUGUAAAGACUGGAGGGAGGAGGUGAAAGGUUUAGCUUCCCCCCCUUUUUCUCCUCUCCCUCCCUCCCUCCAUGUCUUCUUCACAGCCAUUUUCCAGAUCUCCAUGCUUGCCUUCAGACAUUGUGUGACCUCACAGGAGUCAGAGGUCACGGAAGAGGUCUGCAGUGCUUGGGACCUGUUCCCGGCCGCACCACAGCGAGGACACACUCCCAGCAUCCCACACUUCUCCUCUUUAGAAAAAGAAAAAACACAGCAAAAAGUAUCUGUUUCACAGCAGCUCGCUGCUAUUCAAAUAGUUGAUUUUCAUGAUUAUCAUUCUGUCUUCGGAAGGUUUCUAGCUCAAAGCAGUUCCAAAGCAAAAGGCAGGGUUACAGCGAUGACAUAAAUAGUGUACUCCUUGCGUGGGAAAGGACUUGGUACAGUAAGACCUCUGAUGUAAAGGCAUAGAGUAGCGACAGGCUCGAUUUGCACUGUUCCUGCGUUGGGCCUCGUCCUCUCUCUGUCACACGUGAUUCCAUGUGAAAUAUCACUUGCGUGUGAGUCAGACCAGAAACGUUAGUCAGUCUGUUAUGUUGAAAAAUUAGAAUUUUUGGUUCUCUCUUUCGGCUCAAGAGAGAAAUCCCCCAGAGUUGCAGAGCCUCUUCUCUGUCACUAUAUCAUAGUUCCAGCGUGGCUACAGUUUGUUUGGCCUCAUCUUCUGUUAGAAAAGUGAGGCUGUUGGAGACUGAACUGCAGGACAGGUCACUUCCCUGUCAAAAGGUGCAGACAGUUUACUUCCGUUCAUAAGCCUUUGUUGUUGUUCAGCAUCAGGAAUAAGUUGAACUUUUUCAUUUCAAAUGCAUUUCUAGAAUGCUUGUUUUAGCAAAGAAGCCAUUUUGGUCAACAUUAUUUAAAACAGUUGGUGAUUGGAUGCCAAAGAUGUGCAAUAGCUUUACAGCAGCCUUAAAUCUCACUGUUUCUGUAAUCAAAGGACUGCUCUCUUAAUUCAGAGGCCCCCUCUCUUAUAUCAAAGGACUGCUCUCUUAAAUCGCUGCUUGAGCCGUUCUUGUGCUACCGAGGAGCCACUGCAUGCCGAAGGCCACUAGUACCAGGGUACUCGGACAGCGUAGGAAACUAGUGCACCAGGACACCUGUUCGCAGUUUAGAGUUGUGAAUCGAGUCCUUUCCUCUUAAGAAUCGGAGGCCAUCCAGAAAUGUUUUGCAUUGCUGGUUUACAUGUAGCUUUGUAGUCAGCGCAGCCACAAUGGCCAAGUCUCACAGCCAAUUUCUCAGCCCGUCCCUGUGGCCGGCAUGCGUACAUAAGCGUACAAUCAGGUCUGAUAUUAAAGCAAAUAAAUCCCAGUCAACUGGUGAUUGGUCCAACUUUUGCUAGUAGGGGGAUGAAUGGAUUACUUUGCUUCAUUACAACAAUUCCUCGAGAGACCAAGCUUCACUGAUGGGAUGGCCACGGUUCCUCCUCCUCUUCUCUGUUGAUGAAGAGAUUAAGUGGGCAGAGGGAGUGAAGUAGAGGCUUGUCAGCUUGAAAUGGUGACAGUUUAACAAUUAGCAUUUUACAUACUUAUCGAGUGUGUUAGUUUGCUUCUGAUUCACAAACUAUUCAACUGCAUUUAAAGUGAUAACAUUUAAUUGUUUUAUCAAUUGCAACAAAUUGGAAAUUGGAUUAAGAUAAAUCUUUUUUAAUAAGAAAAAUCAGGAUAUCUGUAUUGGUUUUACACCACAUAAUUACACCAGAAAAAUUAAACAGGCUGUUGAUAAUUAAGUAAUUAUACAAAUUAUAGGAGUAAUUAAAGGAUAGCCUUUUAUCUAGCCUCCAAGAUGUUAAGCUCUCAAGUCUCUACUGGGAUGCUGGGAGAAACCAGGGGAGGAGAACUUUACUUUGGACCUUCCUGUCUGACUGUAUCAGUUGUGAUUGUCUUUGUGUUGUAUUUGUGGAUGUAGUUACAGGUAAAGGGGCCAGUGCACUUUACACUAUGAAUGUCCACUUCUGCAUAUAUCUGCUGCCUCUUUUGGCUUGUUUGCACUGAAGGACCUAACACUCGACUUACUACCCUCUUAAUGAGCCUAUCACCAAUGUACUAAUCGACACCUGAAUGCUGUCUGUCUGUCUCUGUCUGCAUGUCUGUCUCUGUCUGUGUUUGUGUGUGUGUGUGUGUGGGUGAGAUGUGUGUUAAGACUGCAUACAUUUCUUCUGCUCUUCCCGCACUGUGGUCACACUGUUGUCAGGGGAGACCAUGGGGUUAAGAGUUUCCCUGAAGAAACAGGAGUUGACGCUUAGCUACUCCCCGAUGCAGAACUUUGCCCUGGUUUUUGGUUUCUGUGCGCAUGCGCAGGUCCUGAAUCCGCUGCACAUUUACUGUGGAAAAACUCUGGACGCCAUCUUUGUCAGAGAUGAACCUCCCCAGGGCCCCCACUGCGCAGAUACUGACAGAGGAAGUGCUCUUGGGCGAGAAGGGGAUGGAGUGCAGCACACACAAGCAUGCUUCCAUACACAUGCAAGCCAUGAAUGAAUGAAUUAAUGAAUACAUGUUACAAGCCAUUGCGCUACACUGUUUUGCACUUUCUGUGUAAUUUGGAUUGUUGUGUUUAACUCAGGCAGUUAUGUUUUAUUCCUGCUUCUGUUGUCACUAGUGUGUCAUGCCUGAUACCCUGUGGGUUUGGAGGGCGCUCUUCUAUAAUCACGUUCCGUGCACAAGUAGCACGUUUUUUUUUAGAAUGGGACCGUUCUCUGUGAACAGUCUCUUAACAACAGCCAUGUUAUCAUACUUGUUCUGUAAUUGUUCUCAAACCUUUUAGUUCCAAUUCUCCUUUUCUUAAAGACUUGUUUAUUAUUAUUAUUAUUAUUAUUAUUAUUAUGCUUCUGAUAUUGAAAACCAAUGCAUGAAGGUAAUUGUGUAAAUAAUUUAGAUAAUUUACAGAAUUGUUUUGUCAUAACCAGCCUUCAAAUGUAGGCGCACUUUACUGAUGUGAAUGUGUAAAAAUGUGAUGCGAUGUAGCCAAGGAGGUAACACCACACAGCACUGUUUGUGUGUGACAGAGGGAGAGAGCGAGUGAGUGGAGCACCACUGAAUGCUUGGAGAAGGGAUACUGGGAGGGGCUUAUUAGUGAUGUCACAAUCCCUGUGACCCAGGCCCUCCAGCAGCUCUACUGCUGCUGCACACUGACCGUCAACAAAGAGCUGUUGCCAUAACAUAGCUGUGAUGUCAUGGAAAUGUUCUGCCAUGAGUCAGACGCACUGGGUCAGAACAUCGGGGGCACUAAAAGCAGUUUACUGUCUUCUGUCAUCCCGCAGGUCAUCUCUUUCAGAUAGAAGCGUGACUCAUUUACUCACACAGUCUUUGUAGUCUAUGGGCCUAAUUAAGGAUUGAUUCAUGAUAAGGGCCAGAGGUGAUGAUGGGCAGCUUCACCAUGAAAAAUGCAUUCUCCCUGAUAAUGACUGGGGGUGACCUCUGCUACGAAAGAAUAAUCUAUAAGGCAUCUGCAAGGUCUCGAAAAGCACCUGGAAGCAAGCACUGAGCCGUCACUAGUGUACACACACUCACUCUCUUCAGUGUCCUUUUUAAAGCCAUUCGUUGUAAGCUUAACCUCUUAAAAAAGAAAAAGACAUGCUGGGAAGAACAACACCCCCUUGUGGCUCAUUGGUGCUAUUGUGCAUUAUCAGCUCUCUUGUUGCUUACUGCUUGUACUUUAAGGAAAGAUGAGGUAUGGUUGAAAUUUAGAUUUUGUUUUCUGCUUCUUUUUUCCUUGUGAAAUAUCAGCACAAAAAUGAAUGUAACUUUUUAUUGUUCAUGCUAAUGUUAUAAUUAACUUGGAUUUUCCAUUUUCAGUGGCAUUGGGUUUAUAAGUUUUUGGGCCUGUGUUUAUGAAUUAUCUGUGGAUAAGUUGCGAUGUGUAUUACUUUUUUGCUUUGGUAUUUUUGCUUUCUUUUUCUUUUAUAUAUUAUAUAUUGUUUUAUCAGUAUGUAUAAAAGGCUUGUCAAUGUGGGGUAAAACAAAAAAAAAAGAAAUAAAAUAGUUUUAUUGAUA